AUGACAAACUUGCUGACAGGCGCCGUAUUCGGCACAGGCCUGACACUUUCAGGGGUAGCAAGCCCCCAAGUCAUCAAGAACCAAUUCAGACUCUCCGACUUUCACAUGCUCGCCACCUUUCUCACUGCAUCCGCCACCAGCGCCGCCAUCUUUGCAGCCUACAACACCAGGAACAUCAAUAAAAAGAUCCCAGCCAAAUCUGCCAGCAGCCAUGGUUGGAUAGGAGCUUACGACGGUAACGUCAUUGGCGGUGCCUUGAUCGGGCUGGGGAUAAGCUUAACAGGGGCUUGUCCCGGCACGGUCCUCGUCCAGGCGACGGCGAAUAUUGGGAACAGCAGGGUGCUCGCAUGCAGCUGUCUCCUGGCGGGCGCUGUCUGGGUCAAGUUGAAGCCGCUCGUCACACGCCAGCAGCCGCCGAGCCGAGCCGGGAAUGAAUCUGUAAUGGCUGUUACCGGAUGGUCUACCUGCAGGGUAGUCAUUGUUUACGAAGUGGCCAUGCUUUCCAUCCUCACCGCAAUACUGGUUUAUGCACCCCGGAGCGUCACACUGCUCCAUCCGGUUGUCGGCGGUCUUGUUAUCGGCCUUGGACAAUUUGCUUCUGUCAGCUUGGCAAAGAAGCCUGUCGGUGUUAGCGCCGUAUAUCAAGAUUUUGGGAACGUCUUUUGGAGCAUCCUCAAUGGCACACUGCCCAAGGCAAUCCCUGAUAGCAUUCUGUUCGCGGGUGGGCUAAUGAUGGGGUCUUGGCUGACUAUGUUCAAUGUCCCGGCGAUUCGGGAGGCUAUGAUCCGCAGUGAAACGCCAUCAUUGCCGAUCACUCUCUUGGGCGGCCUGUUUCUGACUUUCGGGGCUCGUAUCGCUGGUGGAUGUACGAGUGGUCACGGAAUUAGUGGUAUGGCCAGUAUGGGAUUAAGCUCCUUCAUAACUAUCAUUUCGAUGUUUGGUACUGGAAUAGUGGCAGGAAUGCUGUUGUCUUAG